AUGCGCAGGAAGGCUGCCGCCGACCGCGCCGAGAAGGUUUCCAACCAGCGACCAAGCAGCACAAGGGCCGCCGGCGCUGGUGGCAGCUCAAGCACCAUGCUGAGACUGUACACUGACGAAUCUCCUGGCCUCAAGGUCGACCCUGUCGUUGUCAUGACUUUGUCUGUCGUCUUCAUCUUCAGCGUUGUUGCUCUGCACGUCAUGGCCAAGGUUGCCCGCCGUUUCACUGCAUAA